AUGGCCCGUGCUCUUUCCUACCCCUCGUUCCUCCUGCGUCGACCAGAUGGGGCAGGCACGGCAGGCUCUCCCCCACCACGCCAUGUCGAUAAAGUCUGUCGUUCCUGCCAGGGUUCACUUUUAUCUCAGACAGCACGUGGGUCACGCUUGCUCUUGCCGUUGUGCCUCAGCGCUGGAAUUCGAAAGAAAGUUUCCAACAUCUUCGAUUUGCCGCCUCGUAAGCACGCCAACUCUAGUCCAGCAUUGGGGUCGAGUUGA